GGGCACUAUGGAAACCUAAACCUGGGGAGAGUUGCUAGGGGCAAGUUAAGAGGGCAGAGCCCCACUGACCCCUGCAGAAGUGGGGAUGGGGAAGGAGAGUGGGAUAGACUGUGUAUAAAUAGCAGGCCUGUUUUUAUCCCUACACACGGGCUGAAUCAGGCAAGCAGCUCUAUUUGGCACAAUUUGAGGGCUCUGAAUGCCAACCCAGCCCUGUGUCAUACAACUCCCGUCCCAGCAUGUCCCUGGGAGCUGAAAUGCCUACUGGGAGAGUCAUUUCUUUGGGUUGGGACUUCGACUCUAGAAGACCCCUGUAAAAAAUCCAUACGUUGGAAGAGAAAGACAUCAAUCUCCUGGCACCUGUUGAAUAUGGCAACUUAGGCUAGCCAGCUGGGUCCUGUGGGAGGGGGCUCAGCUUUUAUGUUGGAGAAGAAGGUGGUGUUCAAAGGCAAGGAAAAGUAGGAGGCUUGUUUCACAGCCUGUGUCUCUCCAUUCCCAGAAGCCUGGGAAUUAUAAUCCAUAGUUCAAAAAUCCUAAUGGAGACUAUAUCCUCUGGGAUAAAGAUGGGGAGAAGCCAUUCCAGUGACUGGAAGACUACUACUAAUUUCCUUUGCUUUUGCUGCAUUGAUACCAGGUGCCUGCAACUGCAACUCUGGCAAAGAAGGGAGUUUCUGAAGCUCAGAAGAUGACGUGGGUGCAGAUCCCUGGUUUAGAGCAGGGAUGACCGGAGGGACCGGCCUGGAAGAGAGGAAGAAACGAAGGGUGUCCGAGGGCGAAGCGAAGCUUAGCAGUCACAAGGCUGCAGCACGACAAGCAUUUGGGGAAAGGUAGGAGCUGGUCCUCGCCACCUGCCGGUCAGCAGUCCUACCCACAGUCAGGCCGCGGCUGCCCUGGCCUAGUCCCAAAAUAUGUGAGCGCCGCCCCCUUCUCCCGCCCCUUUUCCCCGCCGCGCCCACGGGGUCGGGGGCUGAGCUGCCGGCGCCGGGAGCCGGGCGGGCGUCCCAGCCCAGGAGAAAGGGGGGAGGGGGGGCGGGGAGGAGCCUCGGCGCCUCCCGGAGCCUUAUUCCCCGCCGCGCGCCGGGGAGCGCUCAGUCUACCGAGGGAGCUGCGCGAGGCACGCAGCUGGCCAGCGUGACUGAGGCACCAGGGCUCGCGCGGAAGGACAGACGGGGUGAAUACAGAGACGCCCAGUGGCCGCGAGCUCCGCGCAGAUCCCAGGCAGGCUUGUACCCAGAGGCCAGGAGCAGACCGUGCCAGGCAGGAUCUCCUCCGCUCCUCCCGCCCGGCUCCCGUGCCAGCGCCCGGCGGCCGCCGCCUCCAAAGCGAUCGCUGCCUCGCCACCUCCGCCGGAUCCGGCACCAUGAAGCUGCUGCCGUCGGUGGUGCUGAAGCUCUUUCUGGCUGCAGUGCUCUCGGCGUUGGCGACCGGCGACAGCCUGGAGCGGCUUCGGAGAGGGCUGGCGGCUGGAACCAGCAAUCUGGACUCCCCUACUCAAUCUGCGGAUCAGCUGCUGCCCCCGGGAGGUGGCCGAGGCCGAGGCCGGGACGUCCUGGACUUGGAAGAGGCAGAUCUGGACCUUUUCAGAGCUGCUUUCUCCUCCAAGCCACAAGCUCUGGCCACACCGAGCAAGGAGGAGCGUGGGAAAAGAAAGAAGAAAGGCAAGGGGUUAGGGAAAAAGAGAGACCCGUGUCUUCGGAAAUACAAGGACUUCUGCAUCCAUGGAGAAUGCAAAUAUGUGAAGGAUCUCCGGGCUCCAUCUUGCAUCUGCCACCCGGGUUACCAUGGAGAGAGGUGCCAUGGGCUGAGCCUCCCAGUGAAAAAUCGUUUAUAUACAUAUGAUCACACAACCAUCCUGGUUGUGGUGGUUGUGGUGCUGUCAUCUGUCUGUCUGCUGGUCAUCGUGGGGCUUCUCAUGUUUUGGAAUCAGCUGGGGACUGCUACCUCUGAGAAGAUACAAGUUGACCGCAGACUCUGCAGAGGGGAAGGACUUCACAACUAGCCAUGAAGAUUCCUUCAUCCCCAGUUGCCAUCUAGAUUGGGCCUCCCAUAAUUGCUUUGCCAAAAUACCAGAGCCUUCAAGUGCCAAACAGAAUAUAUCCAGUGGGAUCUGGGUCAGAAGAAAGCAAAAAUGAGGGACCUUUGUGCCCUUUUGAUUCUCCUCCACCAAGCCCUACUUACCCCCAUAAGUUUGUUUAAACACUUAUCUUCUGGAUUAAAAUUCCAGUUAAAUUCCGUAUGCUCCAGGAUCUUUGACUGAAAAAAAAAGAAGGAGAGGAAGAAAGAAAGAUUCGGGGACUGGAAGAAAGUAAUAAAGGUUGAGAAGCCAUGUACUCAAGAAGCCGCCAAGGGAUCUGCCAUUUGGACCCUCCAGUGCUGGAUUUGAUGAGUUAACUGUGAAAUACCAUUAACCUGAGAACUCUGAAUUUUGGGACUUCUACCCAGAUGGAAAAAUAACAACUAUUUUUGUUUGUUUGUUUGUUUGUUUGUAAAAUGCCUCUUAAAUUAUAUAUUUAUUUUAUUCUAUGUAUGUUAAUUUAUUUAGUUUUUAACAAUCUAACAAUAAUAUUUCAAGUGCCUAGACUGUUACUUUGGCAAUUUCCUGGCCCUUCACCCCGCAUCCCCCACCAUCUGGCUCAGCAUUACUCUCCUCUGCCGCGAAUGUGAGAUGGCUCUGUGACCCAUCUGUAGUAAUCUAUUGUCUGUCCGCAAUUCUGAAGAUCUUCCAUGAUCAGAGUGCCACAGGGGGAGUUCUGUAUGGUCAGGAUGUAGGAAUUAACUUUGUCAGAUCCACUCUAUGAGUUGGACUGCAGUCUUGCCUAGGCGAUUGUCUACCGUUUGUGUUUUGAAAGCCCAAGGUGCUGAUGCCAAGCUGUAACAGAUAUCGGUAUUCCCCUGUGUCCUCUCCCUGCCCACUCUCAGAAGAGGUUGGGCUUCCAUGCCUGCAGCUUUCCUGGCCCCUCACCCUCCAUGGGCCCAGGUCCACAGAGUGGGAACUCACUGUCCCUUGUGUCAAGACAUUUCUCUUACUCCUGCCAUUCUUCUGGUGCUACUCCACGCAGGGGUCAAUGCAGCAGAGGAUAAUCUAGAGAAGGUAUUAGCAAAGGAAAAGGCUGAGGAGGAAUAGGAAACAUCGCAGCUGAUUGUUCUUAGUAAUUGAUAACCUACCAAUUGCUACAGAGAAGGUUGGAGGUGAGGGUGGAUUUUGUGUAGACCCACCCACCUCACCAAAACUACAAAGAUAUGCUGUCAUGGUCCCUUCUGGAAGUUGCUGGUGCCAUUACUGAACUGUUACAAACCUGUAUUUCCAAACCUGGUUCAUAUUUAUACUUUGCAAUUCAAAUAAAGAUAACCCUU